CACGGGACGUCUCGGCUGGGGUCGUCCUUCGCGCCCGCACGUGCCGGCCGCCGCCUUCGCAAUGCUUCCUUUGCUGCGCUCGGUUCCCCGCGCCCUGGGCGCCGCCGCCAGUGGCCUGCGCGCCGCCGUGCCCGCGCCGCCGCUCCGGCAGCUGCUGCAGCCCGCGGUCCGGCCGUGCCUGCGGCCUUUCGGGCUGCUGGGUGUGCGCGCGGCGGCGGGGCGGCGGCGCGGCCUCCUGCGGGUCCCGGAGCCCUGCGCCUGCGGCUGCGGCGCCCUGCACACCGAAGGAGACAAAGCUUUUGUUGACUUCUUGACUGAUGAAAUUAAGGAAGAAAAGAAAAUCCAGAAACACAAGUCCCUACCCAAGAUGUCUGGAGGUUGGGAGCUGGAAGUGAAUGGGACAGAGGCUAAAUUAGUUCGGAAAGUUGCUGGAGAAAAGAUCACUGUCACUUUCAAUAUUAACAACAGCAUCCCUCCAACAUUUGACAGUGAGGAGGAGUCCACACAAGGGCAGAAAGUUGAAGAACAAGAGCCGGAACUGACAUCAACCCCCAAUUUUGUGGUUGAAGUUACAAAGAGUGAUGGCAAGAAGGCCCUGGUAUUGGACUGUCACUAUCCAGAGGAUGAGAUUGGACAGGAGGAGGAGGCUGAGAGUGACAUUUUCUCCAUCAAGGAAGUUAGCUUUCAGGCCAUGGGUGACUCUGAAUGGAAGGAUACGAAUUACACACUCAACACAGAUUCCCUGGACUGGGCUUUGUAUGACCAUCUAAUGGAUUUUCUUGCGGACCGAGGAGUGGACAACACUUUCGCUGAUGAGCUGGUAGAGCUUAGCACAGCCCUGGAGCACCAGGAGUAUAUCACCUUUCUUGAAGACCUCAAAAGUUUCGUUAAGAGUCAGUAGCACUGUGAGAGAUAGUGAAGGCCUUAAUUUCACAGCUACAUUUGGCCAGUGAGCAAAACUACCCUGAUAACAGAAUCAUGUGCUUUUCAAAUGGUUAUCCUCAUUAUCAUGGGG